AUGGCAAAAAAACAGACAUUGGUGCUGUUAGGAUUCGAAGAUGAACCAAUCGCUGAGAAAGAUCGACCGUACCUAUCGUGUACUACGAAUAAAAUUGGCGGACGUGCUGAUUGGCCUGCAGAUGCGGUAGAAAUCCAGCCAUGCAUGUUAUGUGGUCAACAGAGACCUCUUAUUGUGCAAAUUUACGCUCCACUGGAUGAUUCGCAAUUCCACCGUACGCUGUAUGUAUUUGCAUGUUUAAACGCACCCUGUUCAACGCAAUCCCAAGCAUGGACAUGCGUUCGAAUACAAUCGCUAGAAAAAAGCUCUCCCGGAGCAGAAGGUGUCGAAGCACGGUCUCUUAAGUUGGUAUCGAAGGAUACUGCUAUAUCGUGGUGUAGCAAUGCCGACGAUUGGGGUGACGAGGAAGAUGGAACCAUGGGUAUUUGCGCAAAGGAAGAGUUCAAUACGUCAGCCUUUGUACGGGUAGAUACGAAUAAUGUUGCAAAUACAGAGCAACUACUUAACGAGGAGAACGGCAACGUGAUUCAGUAUGAAAAAGUCUCAGAUGAAGAUGACGAAAGCAAUUCGAUGGAAGCUGAUCCUGUGCCGGGUUUUGAAAGUCUACGAGUGGACGAAACGAAUGCCAAUGCCCGAGGAGAUGGACGGUCUUCUGGUGCGACAGGUGGGGAGCUUAUUGACAAUUUGUACACUACGAGGGCUUCAGCUGAAAUAGAAGGACUAGAAGCGGAAAUAGUCGUUGUAGACACACCCAUUUCACCAAAGCGUGACUUGAUCGCACUGCUUAAGCAACCGCAAGUAGUGCCACGAAGUAUUGCAGAUGUGACAUUGCGCGGUUUAUACAUUAGCGUUGAUGAAGAACGAUCAAAUGCGCCGCUUGUUAUCGAUCAUGUACGGGAGCUUCUGGCAGAAUACCAGCGACAUGAAGAUGGUAAAUUAAUCCCCGACAGUCCAACAGAAAACGUAGCCUCGGGUACAAAACAACAGCCCAAUCCUAGUCACGAUCAAGAGCUGUACGAAAAAGGCGUGCCAAUGCACGGUGAUAUGAUGUUUCACUCUUUUCUGAGUAAACUGCAGGAAAAUCCGGGUCAAAUAUUACGCUACUCUCGCAAUGCCAUACCACUGCUGAUUGCACCCAUCAAAGAGAUCUCGGUGCCGCCAUAUUGCCAGUAUUGUAAAAAUGAAAUGAUUUGCGAAAUUCAACUGCUGCCUACGCUUAUCGAGAAGCUGCGAUUCGAGGUGAACGGAGAUCGUGUGCCCAUUGAUUUUGGCAAUGUCCUCGUUUGGACGUGCGUUAAAAGUUGUUGGGAUACACCGGAUAAAAUGCGCCAGGAGCUGGUUUUGAUUCAAAUCGAAUCAUAAAUAUUUUCUGGACAUUGUUCUGAUAGUAGUUCAGAAGCACACAUCAUUCUUCCACAUGCCUUUUGGAAAGAUAUAAGCGGAUCAGAACGGUGGGAAGAAUCUCGUGGAAGUUAUAGUUGACUUGAACAUCGCUAUGGUAGCCCCAGGACAAACAUUUAGGUAAACCGAAGAUCAUGCAUUGAAAUCAUCGUCAAUUGGAUAGUUACCUUAGAUACAGCUCUGUGGCUCUGAGCUAUAAAAGUAUAACGUAUCAGCAUUUUAUUAAGCAAAAAAGGUAGAACUGACCGUGGAUGGAUGCUCCAUUUUUCGGUAAACAUUUUAUCGUAUUUUACAAGAGUGAUUGUUCAAACCGAUUUUAGCAUCGAUAAUGUAAUGGAAGGUUUAACGAGAAUUAUCCCUAUUCUAAACUCUGUAGAAUUAAUGUGAUACGACAAAACUACCCCGAAGCAAACAUAAACGACCGAGAUUUCUUUUUGCGAGAUGGAACGCUAACACGUAUGAGACUUCCUAUGUGGGAUGGAACGCUAACACGUACCACCUACCCUUCGUUUAAAGCAGCUGUACCGUCCGGAUUUAUUUGUAGCAGUUUGUUUCAUUUGUAUUUUAUCAGAUGUUUGAUACGUUUACCAAAUGACUUACGAUACAAGUACAUCCUACUCGAUUUCAUAAGUAUGUUUAAACAUUAGCAUAUGUGUUGUAUGGCGGCCAAACGAGCAGCAAAGAUUGCGGAAUGAGAACGAUAGCGCAGUAGUGAUGUUACCAACUUAUACCCUAGAUUUUGAAAA